AUGGCUCAUUUCAUCUACCUCCAAGCUGAAAAUAUCUUGACUAAGCUAAAAGAUUGCCCAACCUACCAAAACAGAAUAGAGUAUACCAUGUUGAGCCUUAAAGCCAUUCUUUUGGAUGCUGAAAAGAAGCAAGAACAAAAUCAAUAUCUACAUGAUUGGCUAAAGGAGCUUCAAAAUGUCUUUUACCAAAUUGAGGACUCCAUAGAUGAAUUCAAAUGGGAAUUCUUCAAACAAGAGGGUACCAGAAAACAGGUAUGUGCCCAUUUCUCGUGCUCUGCUCAAAUUUCUGCAAAUAAAUUGAGACAGACUCGUAAAAUGGAGAAACUAUGCGACCAACUCAAUGCAAUUACAGCCAGAAUGUAUGAAUUUCAUCUCAAAGAAAAGCACAUUGCUUCCUUAAGUAUGGAGACAACACACCCUUUCCUUAGUGCAACUGAAAUUUCAAUUAGACACAUGAAACCAAGUUGGCAAUUGCUUUACCCUUUAACUGAUGCUCCCAGGGAUGAUGAUUUUGCCGAACAAUAUAACCAAAGAUAUAAAGAUCUUCUGAGUGAUUUCAAUGGAUCUACUCACAGGUUCUUCCACAUAGUUGGGGAAGCAGGUAUGGGUAAGAGCACACUUGCCAAAUUCUUGUACAAUCAUAAAAGUGUAAUUGAAAAGUAUACUUCAAGAUACUGGGUUUGUGUGGAAGAAGGCUUUGAUACACAGAGAUUGAUGAAAGAGGUAUACAAUCAUGCAGACAAUAAAGAAAUUUGUGAAGAGUUGACUAUGAAACAAUUGCUUUCUAAGGUUCGACGAUCUCUGAAGGAGAGAACUUUCUUGCUCAUCUUUCAAGACCUUUCAAUCACCAACUUGGGUGAUUGUGACAUAUUGAAAAAUAUAUUGGAGAUGGGGAAUCAUGACAGCAAAAUCAUAGUGACCACACAAAGCGAGGAAAUUGCAAAAGCUCUAAAACUAGAAAGGGUCUACAGGUGGCCAAUGACGGAGAAACAAUCAAAGCAGAAACUGGUGGCCAAUGAUGGAGAAUCUGUAGGCAACAGUUCGAUAGCAGUAGAUGCUCAGAAUCAGGCAGUUCCAGGUCCACAUGAUACGGGACCUAUAAGAUUUAGCUAUGACCUGAGGUUCCAUCCAUCUAUCCCUCAGAAUGAACAAGAUGUCAUGACAUAUCAGACAAUUUACACACUUGAGAGGCUGUCAGAGGAAAAUUCAAUUUUAUUAUUCAAACAUUAUGCUUUCAAAGAUGGACAAGAAGCAGAAAAAACAGAGAUAACUGAAAUAGCUAAGCAAAUUGUGCAGAAAUGUAAGGGAGUUCCUUUGGCAAUAAAAUGCCUGGGAAACUUGCUAUCUUCAAAAACUAGAAUAGCUGAGUGGCAAAAUGUCGAAAACAAGUUGAGGUCACUACAGGAAAAGGAUGACAGUAUUUUACCCAUACUCAGAUUAUGCUAUAAUCAAAUGCCCUCACAACUGAAGCCUUGUUUUCUGCUUUGUUCUCAAUUACCAAACGAUCGCAUAUUAUCAUCAAAUGAUAUGAUUCAGUUAUGGAUGGCACAUGGGCUCCUCCAUUCACCUGAAGAGAUUAACUUAUCUAUGGAAAAUAUAGGCGAGAAGUACUUCAUGGAGCUAUGGUCAAGAUGCUUCAUUCAAGAAAUUGAAGAACAUGGCCUUGGCUACUGGGUUAAAGUGCACCCUCUCAUCAUAAAACUUGCACACGUACUCACACAAGAACAAUCUGAGGGCUCAGAAGGCACCAAACCUCCCAAACCAUUCACUGAAAUAAGAUCCAUAGCCUUCCAAGUAAGAAAUAUGGUGCUACCUAAUGCAUCCCUACCUGAAAAGUGCAUUUCGAAGUUCAAAUGUUUAAGACUGUUGUAUUUAGGCAAUGCGAACCUACAGGAAAUUCCAAAUUCUAUAGGAACACUUAAGAACCUGAGAUACCUCGACUUGCAUGGAAAUCAGAAAAUCAAGCAGCUACCGAAUGCAAUCUGCGAUCUACUAAGUUUGCAAACCUUAAUUCUUGAAUCCUGUUCCUCACUUGAAGGAUUGCCCAAGGAUAUAAGGAAUUUGAUCAGCCUAAGAUACUUGUGGGUAACAACAAACAAGCUUCAUUUGCACAAAAACGGAGUUGGAACCAUGAGUUCUCUGCGUUUUCUUGCCAUUGGAGGGUGCCAUAACCUACAAAAUCUAUUCGAACAGCCAGAUUGCCUUGCAGGCCUUGAAACCCUAAUGAUUUAUGAUUGCAAUACUUUGAAAUUGUUGCCAAACGAGAUGAGAUUUCUAAAAUCACUACAAAAUUUGAUGAUUUGGAGUUGCAAGCAACUUACAUUGACCUUAGAGGCAGUCGAAUUCAGGCUUCAAAGAUUCACAAUCAAAGAGCUUCCAAAAGUGGAGGAAUUACCCCGAUGGCUUGAAGGAUCAGCCGAAACUUUGAGAAGCUUGCAGAUCAUCAAUUGCCCCAUAAGAAUGGGAGGGAUGUUUGUAUCGCUCAAUGCAGUUGAAAGGAUCAUAAUUUAUGGAGCUGUAAGAUUUGAAAUGACGGCGCCGGGUUACUGCUUCGAACAUCGGAAUUUUGUAAUCGGUGGUGGUGCGAGUGAGAAGAUGAAAUAUUAUUGUUAA